GUGUCCUGGUGGAUGGAGCUGGAUCUCUUCUCUCUGGAGUGCAGUUCAGUGUCCAGUAGAUAACCUCAUUCUCAAAAACUCCUUUAAGCUAAUCAGCUGGCUCUGGGGGGACCUCAUUAGCAAAUGAAGAGGAAAAAAAGAAGACUGCAAAAUUCAGCUUCCCUCCACCAUGCCCAAAGCAUUCCUGCUGCUGGCUGGUGCCCUGGUACUACCUGGGCUUGUGCAAGGAGCCAUGCUGAGAAAUGAGGAAAAAUGGAAGCCCCUCAACAUUCCUAGAAACCGAGAUCUGUUUUUUAGGACUCUUCAGGCAUAUUUUAAAGGAAGAGGUCUUGAUCUUGGGAGGUUUUCAGAUACUUUCUCCAUGAAUGAGAAUCCCAGGCCUCUCUCCUUGCAGUCAGAACUUAUUGCUUCUGCAUUUGCAGAUUAUGAAGAACAGAAAAACUCCCUCUCCAAUUACCUCAAAGGCUGACUGUUUCCUCUGAGUGCAGAAGUCUGGUGGUUUUAAAACUACAGAUGAAGCUUCUCACUAGAAAAAUUCAGUCUUGAUCAUGGCUAAGUUUUUGUGUGUGUUUUUCCCCCUCCACUUUUAUCAGUCUGCAAUGAUUUUAUUCUGUAUUUCCAGAUUUACAUGUAAAUAGUUUGAGCUUUGGGACAUAUGUGACUUAUGUGCAUGGUUUUUUUCCUACUCAGUAAUCAUAGAUAUCAAUAUAGCACUGCAUAUAUUUGCAAGGAUUACAAAAACACCAUAAAGUCAAAGGAAAUUAUGAUCUUAUAAAUUAGUUUCAU